CAUUUUUUUUAAUUAAAAAUGACAUAGCAAUCAAAAGUAGAGGUGCAUUCACCAAUCCCACAUUCUUAUAUUCUAAUAUAAAUUUGAAGAAGUCUGCAACGCGUGCGCAGAAACUUCGAGCCUCCCGGUUCCCACGGCCUGUAUACAUUAAUCCUACCCAUAAAUCAUUGAAGCCUCCCCAGAAUAGAAGUUGCCGCUGUUCCGUUUCCCACCCUAUGGAACCCAAUCGAGCGGACCAGAUCUUACCCUGGUGCCACGUGGCUGCCAUCCCGUACCCCGGCCGAGGCCACAUCAAUCCCAUGAUGAGCCUGUGCCGGCUCCUCGCCUCCCGUGGCCUCCCUCGUCUCCGUCGUCCUCACCGAGGAGUGGCUCGGCUUGCUCGGCUCCGGCUCCGCCUCGCCACCGGCCGCCCAACCUCCGGCUCGUCUCCAUCCCCAACGUCAUCCCCUCCGAACGGAGCCGCGGAGCCGAUUUGAGAGGCUUCGGUCCAGGCCGUCUACACCAGGAUGGAGGAGCCCGUCGAGCGGCUCCUCGAGCGGCUUCGAGCCGCCGGUUGAACUCCAUCGUAGUGGACGCUAACCUCGUGUGGGCGGCCGAGAUCGGGAGGCGGAGGAGUAUUCCGGUGACGUCGUUUUGGACGGAAGCGGCUUCCGUGCUUUUAGCCUUGUGUCGUUUUGGCGAGCUCGACGAUGGGGCCCCAAACGCCUGUCGACUUAUCAGGCAGAGAAGAGGAAGCUCUGAGCUACAUGCCUAUUUCAAAGCCCAUCAUGUCUAUUAAGUCUGCCCAAGACAGCUUAAAGGCAUUCAUACAAUCAUUCUCUUGGUUCAACGUAGCUCGAGGUCUCCUCCUCCCCACUUUUUAUGAUCUUGAAAGCUAUGCAAUAGAUACUCUCAAGUCCAAGCUCCCUCUCCCCAUCUAUCCAAUAGGCCCCUCCAUUCCCUACAUGACGCUCGACAAUCCACACUGCGACACCAACUCCACGAGCGACUACGUCGUCAAGUGGUUGGAUUCUCAACCAAGAAGCUCGGUUCUCUACAUUUCUUUAGGCAGCUUCUGGCCCAUCUCUGGCACUCAGAUGGAAGAGAUGGCAUCAGGGCUGCAAGCAAGUGGCGUUCGCUUCCUAUGGAUCGUGCGAGAAGAGUGUAAGCUUCUUCAAGACCUGAGUGCAGAGAUGGCCUUGGUGGUGCCAUGGUGUGACCAACUAAGGGUGCUGUGCCACCCUUCCGUCGGUGGUUUCUUGACGCAUUGUGGCUGGAGUUCGACGAUGGAGGGUGUGUUUGCCGGCGUGCCAAUGCUUACCUUCCCUUUGAUAUGGGAUCAAUUCCCAAACAGUAAGCUAAUUGUGGAUGUUUGGAAGGUUGGUGUCAGGGUAAAGGAGUCAGAAGAGCAGGUUGUAGGGAGGGAAGAGAUUGCGAAGGUGGUGCAUUACAUGAUGAACUUGGAUGCGUUGGAGAGCAAGGAACCAAGGAGAAGGGCCAAGGAGCUCAAGGAGAAGUGUCGCAGGGCAUUGGGAGAUGCUGGCUCAUCAGCCAUCAACCUUGAUGCCUUUGUACAAGAAAUUUUAGACAAAAACUGUGGCAAUGCUCAAACAGCAUGACACUAUAUUGACUUGUAUGACUGAAGUACUCAUGUUUGGAGGCUUACCAUACCUAGAUGCUUUGCUAAGAUGAGAGAAAACCAACCUUUGUUGUCUGAGCAAUGCUUCUCUAUCCGAAAUG